CAGGUCCCAGCGCUCGCUGGUGGAAACAUGCAUUCUCCUAGGAGACGGCCGGCCGGCCCAUACAAGCAGCAGAGGACGUGCCCAGCCUAGUACAAGUACUCUACACUAGCAACACUACUCUAGUUUAUACACAUGGAAAAUCACGGCAUCCACGGCCGGAGGCAUCCUUUCUCCGAGUCCGCAAUGGAGCACGACAUGACCGCCACCGCAGGCGAGGAAGCAUUGGAGGUGGAGCGGGAGGAGUUGAGCGACUCCGAGUCGGGCUGCGAGUCCAUCGAGAUCUCCGACCUGAAGCGCCGCAUGUGGAAGGACCAGAUGCUGCUCAGCAAGCUAGAGGGCCGCGCGGGCGGCUUCGUCGUCGGGGCGGGCCCGUCGUCGUCCAGGCCGCUUGCGCCACCGACGGCAGCGGGCGCGGGCGGGGACGAGGAGACCCCCGAGGUGCGGUGCCGGCGCAAGGCGAUGCUGCGCGCGCAGGACGGCGUCCUCCGCCACAUGCUCAAGAUGAUGGAGGCCUGCAACGCGCGCGGGUUCGUGUACGGCAUCAUCGACGAGGCCGGCGACCCCAUGUCCGGAUCCUCCGACAGCCUCCGCGGCUGGUGGAAGGACAACGUCAGCUUCGACCGGUCUGGCCCCAUGGCGGUCACGGCGCCCACCGGGGAGAGCCCGCUGGGGGCCGCGUCCUGCCUCCACCGCCUCCAGGACAUCCAGGACAGCACGCUGGGGUGCGUGCUCUCGGCGCUCAUCCAGCACUGCGUGCCGCCGCAGAGGAGCUUCCCGCUGGACCGCGGGCUGGCGCCGCCCUGGUGGCCCACGGGGGACGAGGCCUGGUGGGGCUCCCAGGGCGAGGUCCAGGCGCACCAGGGCGUGCCGCCGUACCGGAAGCCGCACGACCUCAAGAAGGCGUGGAAGAUCAGCCUGCUCAGCGCCGUCAUCAAGCACAUGAGCCCGCGCUUCGACCAGAUGCGCAAGCUCGUGUGGCAGUCCAAGCGCCUGCAGCACAAGAUGAGCGCCAAGGAGACGGAGACGUGGUCCAAGAUCCUGCGCCAGGAGGAGACGCUCGGCCGCCGCCUCAAGAGCUCGCUCAAGAUCACGCCCCUCGACGGCGAUGGUGACGAGGAGGAGGAGGAGGACCGAGGCCUAGACGGCCUGGAGCACGUGGUCCGCGGCGUGCAGGACAAGCGCAAGCGAGAGCUCAUCAGUACAGGAGGUAACAGCGGACAGAGCAGCAGCAGCAGCAGAGAGGUCGGGGAGCUGGUGGCCGGCCUCGUGGCGGAUGAGGACGACCUUAUUUGCCCGAUCGACGAGCUCCUGAAGCGUUACUACAGCUGCGUGCCUGCUGGUCAGCACGACAGCGUCGUCGCGCCGGAGAACGAAGCAGGCAUCAUGACGAUGCCUCUCGGAGAGCUCGACCUGUGCGGCGUCGUCGACGACGUGCCGGCAGACGUGCUGUUCGAUCUCAUCGCGAGCUGCUCGGGAGGGGACGACGCGUUCCGCCUGAUGGAGGACUGACCGACUGAGCAGUGACUCAGCUAGUUGGUCCACACGCGUCGCUACGCAAUAGGCUUGGGUGGGCGGCGGGAGGGAUGACGUGGCGCGUUGCUGAUGGAUGUUAGCUAGUCGAACUAUGACUAGGUACUAUAUGCUUGUUUCCGUUCCAUUUCUUCUGAGCUUGUAGCCUGAGUAAUCAAAUGGACAAAUUGAAACAUCAAUAGGGUAAUUUCAUGACG